GGAACUGUCUGGACCUGUGCAAUACCCUGAGAAGAAUUCUGAAAACUGUUUAGGGAGCUCAGAGUAACACUUCAGUUGCUGGAGUAAUCCUGGGGAAUCCUGAAGGUGUCUGAAAUAAACUUGGGGACAGUUAACACCCUUAAGGAACACAUGAAGAACAUGAAAUCUCUUUUCAACCCAAGAGUACAUCAAGAGCCUGAGGGAAUUAAGAAGAAGAAUCUAAAAAAACUCCCACAGAACAGCACAAACCAAUGACUAAUCCAAUGUGGAUCUGCAAGACCAAACAAACUGGGGGACACUGACUUUUAGGAACCCUGUCUGUGGAAGUCUGUGGCAGAAUCUGUACAGGACAUCUUGGUACCUUUGACAAUCUGGCGCAAUCAACUGAAAUUAUUGUAACUAACCCUGGAAAAACUGAUGAACGCAAGGAUGCUGGGUAGCUGAGAGGAAACCUCAAAAUCCUUAACUAACCAAAAACAAUCUUUGGUUGAGGGAACUGCUUGACUCAAGAGUAAACUGAAGGACCAUAAAAGAGCUUGACAAAUCUAUGGAUGCCUCAAGAUUUUGAGAAAAUUGUCAAACCUUGAAGUUCUCAAAAGUAUAAUGGGAAUAAGACUUUCAAGUCCCAGUUGAACUUUAGGGACUGCGGAGGAAGCUACAGAAAUUUUGAGAAAGGGUCUCUGACAGUUUCUCAGAGACCCCCUCCAGAGGACUUAUGGGUACACUGCGAGACCUGCAGUAUGCCCUGCAGCAGAAAAUUGAGGAGCUGCGGCAACGUGAUGCCCUGAUCGAUGAGCUGGAACUCGAGCUGGAUCAAAAGGAUGAAUUAAUUCAGAGGCUGCAAAAUGAACUGGAUAAGUACCGGUCUGUAAUUCGGCCAGCCACCGCUCAACAAGUCCAGGCUCAGCAGCAGAAUCUCGUCCUCCAGCCUGAUCAGCACCGGAGCAAGCGGCAGGCCAUCUCCGCCGAGCCCACCGCCUGUGAUAUCAGUGACCUCAGCCACGUCACCCUGCCCUUCUACCCCAAGAGUCCAGAGUCCAAAGAGCUGAUAAAGGAGGCCAUCCUGGAUAAUGACUUCAUGAAGAACCUGGAGCUGUCUCAAAUCCAGGAGAUCGUGGACUGCAUGUACCCGGUGGACUACGGCAAGGACGCCUGCAUCAUCAAAGAGGGCGACGUGGGCUCACUGGUCUAUGUGAUGGAAGAGGGGAAGGUGGAGGUGACAAAGGAGGAGAUGAAGUUGUGUACAAUGGGACCAGGAAAGCUUUUUGGGGAACUUGCAAUCCUCUACAACUGUACGAGGACGGCAACCGUUAGGACUCUGACCCAGGUGAAGCUGUGGGCCAUUGAUCGACAGUGUUACCAGACCAUCAUGAUGAGAACGGGACUCAUCAAACACGCAGAGUACAUGGACUUCCUGAAGAGCGUUCCGACCUUCGAGGGUCUUGCGGAGGAAACACUCAGCAAACUGGCCGACGUUAUGGAGGAGACUCAUUAUAAAGAGGGUGAUUACAUCAUCAGACAGGGCGCCAGAGGUGACACCUUCUUCAUUAUCAGCAAGGGUGUGGUGAACGUGACCAAGCAGGAUUCAGCCAAUGAGGAGCCAGUUCACCUGCGAGAGCUUGUCAAAGGAGACUGGUUUGGAGAGAGAGCACUGCAGGGUGAGGACAUCAGAACCGCGAAUGUCAUCGCCAUUGAAGCCGUCACCUGCCUGGUCAUCGACCGAGAUUCAUUCAAGCAUCUGAUUGGUGGAUUAGAAGACGUGUCAAACAGAGCCUACGAGGACGCCGAGGUCAAAGCCAAGUAUGAAGCAGAGAAUGCCUUCUUCUCCAGUCUGAAGCUCAACGACUUCAACAUCGUGGACACCCUCGGAGUCGGAGGCUUUGGACGCGUCGAGUUGGUUCAGCUGAAAAGCGAGGAGGCCAAAACAUUUGCCAUGAAGAUCCUGAAGAAGCGCCACAUUGUCGACACGAGGCAGCAGGAGCACAUCCGCUCUGAGAAACACAUCAUGACCGAGGCGCACUCUGACUUCAUCGUCAGGUUGUACCGGACGUUUAAAGACAGUAAAUAUCUGUACAUGCUGAUGGAAGUCUGUCUGGGAGGAGAACUGUGGACCAUCCUGAGGGACCGAGGUUCCUUUGAGGAUUCGACCACCAGGUUCUACACAGGUGUCGUUGAGGCAUUCGCCUAUCUGCACGCCAAAGGUGUCAUAUACAGAGACCUGAAACCUGAAAACCUCAUCCUUGACAGCAGGGGAUAUGCGAAACUGGUUGACUUUGGGUUUGCCAAGAAAAUCGGUUUCUGUAAGAAGACAUGGACAUUCUGUGGAACACCGGAGUAUGUAGCUCCAGAAAUCAUCCUCAACAAAGGUCACGACAUCUCAGCAGACUACUGGUCCCUGGGCGUCCUGAUGUAUGAACUGCUAACGGGCAGUCCACCAUUCUCAGGUCCAGAUCCCAUGAAGACGUACAACAUCAUCCUGAGGGGCAUUGACAUGAUUGAGUUCCCCAAAAAGAUCACUAAGAACGCUGCCCAUCUUAUCAAGAAGCUAUGCAGAGACAGUCCCUCGGAGAGACUCGGAAACCUGAAAAAUGGAGUUAAAGACAUCCAGAAACACAAGUGGUUUGAGGGGUUUAACUGGGAGGGUCUGAAGAAAGGAACGCUGACUCCGCCCAUCAUACCUAACGUUUCUUCUCCAGUUGACACCAGUAACUUUGACAGUUUUCCUGAAGACACAGACGACCCACCGCCAGACGACAACUCUGGCUGGGACUACGACUUUUAGUCAGACGUCCUCCAGGGGCCAACGAGGUCCUCGGUGUGGUGUGGACGGAGAAAUCUGGAACCAAAUCCUUUGGAACCGGUGUCCUUUUUGUUUUUUGCCUGAAGCACUUUAAUCGUACUGUGACCUCGACUGCAUGUGUUGUUUUCAUGCAUGAGCGGUCUGUGUGGGAAUCAAACCCGUAACCAUUUGUAGCCCUGUUGUGCCGUCCAAUGAUGUCAUUGGUGCAGUGGAAGGUUGAAGCAGAUGGAAACGAAGCCGAUGUGUC